AUGUACUGACGUCACAUGUACAUUUCAUCGCUUAUCACCCACGCAAGCAGCGGUGGCCUUAUCACGAGUUUCACUCAUGCUAUAAAAGGAGUGUGCGUCAAUAAACCUACGUUCAUUUCACCACUGGGCGUCCGACUGAUUUACUACAUUGGCGACGAGGCGGACCGGCCCGGCGAGGCCGCCGUUAAAGAAGGCGGGAUGGCUGUCGGCAAGAUCGGCGAGUAUCGUCUUGGCACGGGCGCGUCUUGGGAUGAGUACGUCGAGCGGUUGGAAAUGUUUUGCGACGCGAACAAGAUAACAACGGACGAGCAGAAAAGAGCAGUUCUGCUGAGUUGUUGCGGCGAAGCAGCGUACGGGCUCAUCGUAACCCUGGUGAAGCCAGUAAGACCGACCAUGGCAAGCUACGACGAAAUCAAGACGGCCGUUCGCAAGCACCUGCAUCCGAGGCCUUCCGAGCUGCACGCAAGGUUUUUGUUCUACAGGAGAAACCAGGCGGCUGAUGAAUCGGUGGCAGACUACGUCACGGCUCUGCGGAAGCUAACGGAAGACUGCGGUUUUGGUGACAAGCAACUACCGCUGGACGUCAUGAUGCGAGAUCGUUUCGUGUGCGGCAUCAAGAACGAAGCAGUCCAGCAGAGACUUCUCGCCGAGCCCAACCUUACGUUCCAGGUCGCGUACGACAUGGCCGUGACAGCUGAGGCUACAGCAAAGCAGCAGCGAGACAUACGCAACCAGGGACGAGACGAGACAAAAGACAGCCAGGGCCUAAUUCAAGCAACUCGCACGAAGCAAGACACCGCAGCGGAAGAGUCCAGUUGCUAUCGCUGCAACGGUAAGCACGCUCCGCAUUUAUGCAGUUUUAGAAAGGCGGCAUGUUUCAAGUGCAAGAAAAUCGGACACAUUGCGAAAGCCUGUCGUUCGAAAGACGAAGUUAGAAAGUUUCAAAGAAAAACUUCAAACGAGCACAAGAAAAAAGAGAGUAAAAGCAAGGGCGCCUACGAAAUGACCGAAUUAUUUUCCCUCUGCGAGGUGAAUGAGCAAGAAGAAAAAUUCAUGGUUGAAGUACAGAUUGAAGGGCAGAAUGUACCCAUGGAAAUUGAUUCUGGAGCAUCGUGCUCAAUUGUGAGUGAAGAAACGUUUCGCUCUAUCGAGGGAAAGCAAAGUAAAAUACCCCUUCGAGAGUCAAGCACAACGCUCGUAACCUGGUCAAAAGAGGCGUUGCCUGUAGUUGGUCGCGCAAGUGUUGUGGUGGAAUUCAAGGGUCAGACGGCAAAGCUGCCUUUGUUGGUAGUGAAGAGAAGCGGUAACAGUUUGCUUGGGCGGAACUGGUUUAGGCCGUUGGGCAUUGGGCUGCAUGGAAUUCAGCAACUGAAUGUUGAAGACGUCACUUCACGAUUUUCUGAGGUGUUUCGCAGUGACCUUCCUGGCUUCAAUGGACCGCCAGUGCACAUCGAACUGAAAGACGACGCCAAACCAACGUUCCUCAAAAGUCGUACAGUUCCACUAGCACUGAAAGACGAUGUGGCCAAGGAAGUGGACCGCUUGGUGCAACAAGGAGUCUGGGAACCAGUCGAGUACUCCAACUGGGAAACUCCGCUCGUGGUGGUAAGGAAAAAAGACGGAACCUUGCGUCUCUGCGGGGAUUACCGUAGCACGGUAAACAAGGCAGUUAAAACCAGCGGGUAUCCUUUGCCUACUGCCGCGGAAAUAUUGUCGACUCUCGGGUCAAGCUAG